CCGGAAGUAAGGUGUGACGUGCGGCACGUGGGGCCUUGCUGCUGAAUCUGGGCCAUGGGGAAACACCGAGUCAACAGAACGGCGGAUAAACCGGAACGGCCGGGCCGGCCCCAGAGGUCGCUACCGGGACCGGGCCAGCCGCACAGCAAUAUGAAGAAAAAGACAAAUUCAGCACCCAGAGACCUUGAUCUCCAGGAAAUCCCUUUCAAGCUGCGUGAAAUUAUGAAGAGCAAAUUGUUAAUGGGCAAAAAAAAACCAAAGAAAAAGAAAAGAAAAGAAAGGCUCUUGCCGCUGAAUGACGAGAUCCAGACAAAAAUCCCGAUCCCCAAAUUUAAGAGGAGGAAGCGUGAAUGUGUGGGUGCAUAUCUGGAUCGCAUGGAGAGAGAGGUCCAACACGUCAUAUUCUUGAGCAAAAACCAGCCUGAUGUGAUACCUGAGCUCGAGGUGCCCAAAGAAGAAACCGCUCAGCAAGAGUCGCCGAGUGAACCACAAGAGAAAUCACAGAAAAAAAAGGCCUUCCACAUGAGGAAAGAAAACAAGGCUUCAAAGAAAAAAGAAGAAAACGAAGUAAACCGAUUAGAGAUGGACAUGUUUAAAGAUCCAGUAAUGUUUGGCGAAGUGGUCAUGGAGCCCCCAACACUCACUGCGAAACCAAGAAAGAGCAUUACAAAUUCCAAGCCUGGGACAAAGUCACUGCUCCUGAAAAAACUGUUUGCCAAAGAGGGUCCAUCAGUCAAGCCACCACCUGUGUCCAUGGCGCGGAAAAGAAUGAUACAGGAAGAACGUGAGAGGGUCAUAGACGCUUACAGACAAAUGAAAAAGAAAAAACUGCAGAAAAACCCAGCAAAGGGCCUUUAAAUCUGCCGUACGACUGCAACAAGAACCUACUGAUUAUACCAGCAGCGUUUCUCGUUUUUAUGGAAUAAUCGAAAAGGACAUUUCAAAACGUGACGUUAACUGACUUCCUGCACAGAGAUGGGACUUUGUGCUUUGGUUUGUGUCUCCCUGAAUGAGCGCGUGGAAGAGACUGUAGAUCCCCUUGCCACGUUUAUCUCAGAGAAAAAAAUGCAGCCAACACAAAAUAUUUGUUUUCUUCUUUAGUGAUACUGACGGAAUGGAGAAAUAGUGGUAUUUAGAAUUAAAAGAACAAUCUAUUUAAAACCUUUUCAUAUUAUUCCUGGCUAGGUAAGGUUUACUGGACUCAAAGUAAGUUCUGUAACAAAGUUUGACAUAAAUGCAGGAGGUGAAUCUGGAGGCUUUCAGACUGUGGGGGAGGAUGGUGAGGUUAUACGAACGAUAAAUUGUGCAUUAAAAUCAGUGCAAUCACCUUUCAGCAGUUUUAAAAAUCAGACCUGGAUUUACAGCUGUUAAAGGAAGACAAUAGUAUAGUCCUUAAGUGGCUGUUUAGGUGAUCGUCUCUCUCUCUGUGCAGUAAGAAGGUGAUUUUCCUACAUUUUUCUCCCACCCCACACCAUGUUUUCACAGAUGGCUCCACCUCCAUGGCUGAGAUCAUUAAUCUUGAUGAUCUCAGCCAAUCCAAUGCUUUCACGCAUGAGUGGCAAAACGCGCUGACAAUCCGCAUCUCCUCAUAGACAUGCAUUGAAUCAAUCUAUCUCUAUGGGGUACUUUCUGCACCUCAAUGCUGAGUGAGGAGACGCUGAAUGCCUGUGUUGCAUAUUGUGCAUAACUGGACUAGGAAGCACCUCUAGUGGCCCUCUGAGUAACUGCAACUAAAGGAGCUACUGGGCACCAAUGGAAACACUGCCUUUUCUCAGAAACAUUACAUUAACUCUUUAAGGACAUUGGCUUUUUUUUUACCGUUAUUGCAAUCCUCCCCUUAAGGAUGCAGGAUGGAAAAUUACUGUCCAAUACUAAAAUGACCCCAGAUUGUUAAUGUUCCUGUAGUGUGGGGGAUUUACUGUUAGGCUAGUUAGGGGUUUUAAAAAGUAAAAAAAAAAUUCAAAAAAGGGAACUUUUGUACAGGCUAGCGAUAAAAUGAUCCCACGCAAAGGUUUAAAAUAUGCUUUUUGAAACACCCUGUGGUGUCUUCUUUAGGAAAUGAAAUGCCUUUGUGAAGUAAUUGGAAAACACAACCUGCUAAAAAAAAAAAUACAAAAAAUACAAAGUGGGGCAUUGACCCAGCGUAAAAAUGUGAACUUAAAUGGCUGUGUCUCAAAUGUGCACUUUCAAUGUUGUCAUAUACCUGGUAAAGGUACAUACGGAGG